ACAUUCAACAACUAGAGAAGCACCAGCAAGAUGAAGUUGUUUAUAGUCUUGGCUGCUUUGAUGGGACUCACCUUGGCUGUGGACUACUGUGCCCUGCCCACAUGUUUGGACAAGCACAUUGCCUGCAAUAACAAUGGAAAUUUCAGUGCAGAUUGCCCCAAAGACGUGCGUGAAAUCAAGAUGAAUGCCCAUCAUAAGCUGAUCCUUACACUCUUCAAUGAUUUGCGUAAUAAUGUGGCCAGCGGAUCUGUUGAGAAACUACCAAAGGCUGUUCGCAUGGCAAAAAUGUCCUGGUGCGAGGAACUCGCUCAUCUAGCCCUCUUUAAUGUAAAGACUUGUCAAUCUCUGCCAGAUAAAUGUCGCAGCACCGAACGCUUCGCCUAUGCUGGCCAAAACAAUGCAAUCUUUAGUUACAGUGGCUCGGAAUCGGAGUACACUGAUGCGGAAAUCAUCAAAGAGCAAAUUGAGAAAUGGUUUGCCGAACGUUCCAAUGUCACUCCUGAAAUAAUGGCCGGUUUCCCUGAAGAGUUGCCCAACAAGAACGUGGCCAAGUUCACCAUUGCAGUGGCUGAGAAGAACACUCAUGUGGGCUGUGCGGCUGUACGCUUCUCCAAGGACUUUUAUCAUCACUUUGUGCUGACCUGCAAUUUCGCCACCACCAACAUAAUCGGGCGCCCUGUGUACACACCUGGAGAGAAAGCCACCUCUGGAUGCAAAAAUCGUUAUGGCGCUGCCUUUGACUAUCCCAAUCUGUGCUAUGCCAAAGAGAUUUACGACAAUGAGCUUGUCUCAAAGGAUAUAAAGGUGUACUAAGGAUUUGAUAUGGAUUAUGGAUAUUUUAAUGAUACAUAAAUACAUAUAUAUUAAAGACGGUAUAAAACUAUUAAA